UCGGAAUACCCAUAAAGUUAACGGCGUUUGAAAUGAAUGCUGUAAAGUCUCAAAUAAGUUUGGGUUGGUACUAGGGCUGUAUGCAACUGCAAUAAUUAUCAGGUGUAUGUGAGUAUGGAUUUUAGGGUUUUAACGCUGUUGGAGUUAUUGACAAUAAAAUGUUAUUGGAAAGUCUGUUACUUAGCAGGAACUAAUCGGUCCAAUAUUUGGUAAUGUAGACUGUUUCUGUGCGGAACCCAGGUUUAUGAAUACGCCUCCCUUUUCGUUUUUGGAGCGUACAGUCCCUGUACCUUUAAGAAGCCGUCUGCCUGUAGCUGAAGGUCACUAAAUACAAAAGCUCUUAGCGCUGCGGUCCAAUAUAGCGCAUGCGCCCUGCCCGGGGACUGACAGAGAGACUGCAAUAUGGCGAGAAUGCCUGGCAGCGGAGAUUGCUUCACCGACGCAGUGGGGACAGAAAAUGAGCAAAUGAGUAACCUGGAAAGAAGCGACGAGGAGGAGGAUGAGAUUCAGGAAAUACAGAUAACGGGUGAUGAGGAGGGAGAAUAUGAAGAUGAUGACGGGUUAGAGUGGGAGGCACAGUGCGUGGACCCCGAAAAUGGUUCUGCUGUGGAGACGGAAGCGGUCCUUAUGCGAAAUAAGGACCAGUGCAGAGAGUUGGACUCGGUGACAGAGCCGUUUCACAUCCCGGAGCUGGACUCGGAGCUGGAAGGCGAGCUGCAUCGGUCAGACCGAUCGAGGCUAAGUGAGAACACUCGUUUGGCCACCAGGUAUGCGGUCAGAAUCUUCCGGGAGUACCUGAGCGAAAAAUCCCAAAGUCCUGACUUUGAAACUAUGGACAAGGAGGCGCUGUGUAAGGUGCUCAGGUCUUUCUAUGCAGAGGCGCGUUCAAAGAGUGGUCAGCUGUACAGCAAGUCCUCUCUGAUUAGUAUUAGGAGCUCACUGAACAGGUACCUGAAUGAACCGCCUUACUGCCGCACUCUGGAUCUGACAAAAGAUCCCGAACUGAGAAGCGCGAACCUGACGCUGGCAGCGGUGAUCAGAAAGCUGGAAGAACAAGGUGCAGGUCCCGUCGUGCAAAAACAGGCAAUUACCCGGGCUGACUUAAGGAAACUGUACACGUCCAGCGUGUUUAACACUAACACGCCUUUCGGUUUGCUCAAUAAAGUGUGGUUCGAAACCUGCAUGUAUUUCUGCACCAGGGGACGGGAGAAUCAACGAGAACUGGAGGAGGACUCGUUCGGAGUCGCGAUUGACGAAGACGGGAGAAAGUUUAUAUACUUCAAAGCGCUGGGACCGUAUCACAAAUCCAGAUCGGCGUCAUGGAGCAAAAAAAGAACAGACACUGACGACGACAAUUUGCCCCGCAUGUACGAAACUGGCACGGAGUUCUGUCCUUACGCGAGCUUUGUGAAAUACAUUUCGAAACGGAAUCCGCUUUGCAAGGCAUUUUUUCAGAGACCACGGGAUCAUUGCAGUGAAAGUGACAUGACCUGGUAUGAAAACAAAGCGAUAGGCAAGAACCUGCUGGGUACCAGGAUGCAAAUGCUGUCGAGGGCUGCCAAGCUGUCAAAGACUUACACUAACCACUGCAUCGGUGCCGUCUCCAUUGCGACUUUGAACAGUAUCGCAGGCAUUGGGUCAAAGUUAGCGCCUCUGUACGUUGCUCCGGAAACGGCCAAUGGGACCCAGCAUCAUUUCCAACUGGUUGUCCCCUAUGUGCACCCGAUAGACAAUGGCAUAGAAAUUAAAGCACAAAAAACGACAAAACGGCUGCGAACAAUUUAUCCUGCAGACGUUUCCGGACCGGCUUCCCCAAAAAAGCUUUGUGUGCGACCUGCGGAGCGCGGUGGCGACUCUCCCAGCCUGGUCGCUGUGAGAACUGACCCUCAGCCUGCGGCUCCACUCGAAUCUAAUGGGCAGACGGUGUCCCCAUCGCCGGCUAUUGUACAGCCAGAGCAGGAUAACCGAGCCAACAUGUCCAGGCCCAUGAUAACCAGAUCGCCAGUGUCUCCGCUGAGCAGCCAGGGCAUCCCCACCCCUGCCCAGCUCACCAAGUCCAACGCGCCCGUGCACAUCGACGUGGGAGGGCACAUGUACACCAGCAGCCUGGCCACGCUAACAAAGUACCCAGAGUCCAGAAUCGGUCGGCUCUUUGAUGGCACGGAGCCCAUCGUUCUGGACAGCCUCAAACAGCACUACUUCAUCGACAGGGACGGCCACAUGUUCCGGUACAUUCUCAACUUCCUCAGGACCUCCAAGCUCCUCAUUCCCGACGACUUCAAGGACUACAGCCUGCUGUACGAGGAGGCGCGGUACUUCCAGCUGCAGCCCAUGCAGGCGGAGCUGGAGCGCUGGCGGCAGGAGCGGGAGGCGGGCCGGGCCUCGCGGCCGUGCGAGUGCCUGGUGGUGCGCGUGGCGCCCGACCUGGGCGAGCGCAUCACGCUCAGCGGCGACAAGGCCCUCAUCGAGGACGUCUUCCCCGAGAUCGGCGACGUCAUGUGCAACUCGGUCAACGCCGGCUGGAACCACGACUCCACCCACGUCAUCCGCUUCCCGCUCAACGGCUACUGCCACCUCAACUCCGUCCAGGUCCUGGAGAGGCUGCAGCAGCGCGGGUUCGAGAUCGUGGGCUCCUGCGGGGGGGGCGUGGACUCCUCGCAGUUCAGCGAGUACGUCCUGAGGAGGGAGAUCCGGAGGGGGCAGCGGGGGCCCUCCGUCAUCCGGAUAAAACAGGAGCCGCUGGAUUAAGGUGGGGGGGUCGGCGGGGGGGGGGGUCUCGGUUGGGCCUCAGCCCUUUUGAACGGCGGACAUUUUGAAACAGUGGCCAGUAAUCGACACCUACGGACUCCUACGCUUUAUUUUCUUUUUUUUUUUAUUGCGUUGACUUUGAAUCUUGAGAACCACUGAGGAGAAGAGGAAGAAGAAACAAAUGACAAAAAAAAAAAAAACUUCAUGUGAAUUUCUAUUUGAAAGACUGCGUAGAACAUCUUUUGAAAUCAUCUUUGAACCUUCUGGAGUUUUAAUGAUCGACAGUUGCCAAGUCCCGCCCGUCCAAAUGGGAAGAAGUUUGUUUUAAAACUUUGAGACUGCGUUUGAUUGAAAUGUCCUUGUAACGCACAUUUAUCCAGGUGUGUUACAGAGGAUGAGCACCUCUUUCUUAACCAGUUCAUAUGAAAACAGGUCAAACCUAUGCUUUCUCUGUUUCUGACUGCAUUAUAUCAAUAAGAGAAUAAGCUAAUCAGUGGGGGGAAAAACUCUGAGAACAUGUUGGUAUUUUCAUUUACUUAAAAUCCUUUUUCUAAGGUUCUAAGGUACAAUAUGUCUGACGAUGUUUCCGUUUAAUAAAUGUACACAGUUGUUAUCAUAACUGGUUUAAAACAAUUUUAUCUCACAGCAACAGCAAAAAAAAAAGAUGUAAAAAUUUAAACGUUAAAAAUAGAAUGCAUUUUUUUGUAAUGGAAAUCUACCGUGUGUAGAUCUAUGCUAUGAAGGUCCAUGUCAAUAUAGCUGUAAGUAAAUUUUCUUUUGUAUGUGAGGGUGCAUUGUGCUCUUCUAAAAUAAUUGCAGUUUUACAGAGAGCACCAAGACCCCCCCUUUGUCUGGGAACUCUAACCCAGCCUAAACUAAAUAGACUGAAAUGACUGGGAAUAGCAAUCCGUUUAUAAUCUGCCAUUUACUGACAGUCCACAAACUAAAAUAAUAAUGUGUAUCUAUGUAAUAUGUGUUUUUUUUAAAACCAUAAAAAAAAAAAAAACAUUUUGCCAUUUUGGGCAAAAAUAUCUACUACGAUUGCGUUGAUGAAUUACACAGCUUGUCAGAUGGCUAGCAGAACUUUUUUUAUUGAUUAAGAUCUGUAACACAUAAUUAAGAAAAGGGAUUUGACAGGCUGACUGUACUUCUGUCAUUUUUCAUUGAUAUUUGUGACAGUACAUAUUAACUAACUGGAAAAACAUCCUGUGUUAUCAUUGGACGUCCAGUUGACUCAAGUCCUGAUGAACAAGCUCACUAAAAAAUAAAGUCACAAGGAAUGUAAUAAAGUAUGUUAAUAAAUGUUUAACAAAA